AUGCUCGCUAAAGUUAUCUUCGUCUUAUACUCUAUCAGUUUUGCCAAUACUGUUCCGGUUGUAUACGAGAACGUUCUCCCAGUGAUUUAUCGUAUAGGCCGUGCGCCAAACAUUGCAUUUGGCUUCGGGAGUGGCUUCAGCAGUAACAUCGGCGGCAUAAGCCACUCCUCCGGAAUCGGAGCAUCCUUCCAAAGCGGAGACGCGACUGCCUACGGAGCUGGCAUCGGAUCAACUGACGGGACAUCAGCUAGAGGUGUAGGGUACGCUCAAGCAGAACCGUACUAUACUAUUGACAACGGAUUGCAGAACCCAAUUGCAGUAUUUGAUAAUGGCUUUGGAAGAUACGGAUCCGCUUUUUCCUCGGCACAAAACUUCGGGAAUUUUGGAUCAGCAGUAUCAUCCGCUCACAGUCAGAACGGAUUUGGAUCGGCCGUAUCCCUAGUCAACGGUUUUGGCCGGUAUCAAGCAGCAGUAUCAUCUGCAAAUGGCGGAGGAUAUGAUUCUGCGGUUUCAAGCGCCAGUACCGGUUACGGAUCAGCCGUAUCCUCUGCUCAGAAUGGUGAUGGUUUUGGAUCAACUGUAUCCUUAGCUGAAGGUCGCGGGUACAAUAACUAUGGGACAUCGAUUGCUGCGUCUCACAACUACCCGGGUUAUAGCGCUAAUGUAGCCCAUUCGGUUCAGCAACAAGGAGGAUCUUAUCAACAGAGUGAAGCAAGCAGCAUCAACGCCCCGGGAUUACAGUCUGCCCAAUCUCAUGCCAUUAACACUGACUAUAAUAAUUACUGA